GCCGACGUCGUUUGAAUGUAUCUCUUGAUUUAAAGCCUAAAGCCCUCUCAUUUUAGGCCGGCGGGACUUCUCAUCUCUUCCAGCUUGGAUUGAGCCCUAGCUUCUCCGCUCUCCGCAAUGAAGCUCGUCAGAUUUUUGAUGAAAUUGAACAACGAGACUGUCUCGAUUGAGCUGAAAAACGGCACCGUCGUCAAUGGAACCAUUACAGGGGUUGAUGUCAGUAUGAACACACACUUAAAGACAGUAAAGCUGACGCCAAAGGGAAAGAACCCUGUGACUAUGGAUCACCUGAGUGUGAGGGGAAACAACAUUCGCUAUUACAUACUGCCUGAUAGCAUAAAUCUUGAGACUUUGCUGGUUGAAGACACUCCUAAAGUGAAGCCUAAAAAACCAACUGCAGGAAAGGCGUUGGGACGUGGCCGGGGUCGUGGACGUGGGCGAGGACGUGGGAGAGGUCGAAAUCGCGUGUCCAAAGCAAUCGUACAAACGACGCGUUUCAACACUUUGGAAUUGAGGGAGAAGAUGGGGGAGAAGAGCUCUCUGAAAUCAGCGGCGGUGGUUUUCGGUGCACUAGCCGCCGGAUGGCUAGCCAUUGAGCUCGCCUUCAAGCCCUUCCUCGACAAGGCCCGGGCCGCUCUGAAGAAAUCCGACCCGAAUUACGACCCCGACGAUGCCACCGAAAACUCGCCGCCGCCGCCGCCGUCGGACCUUGACGACGAUUCCUCCAUCUCCAAGGGAAGCGCCUGAUUCUCAUAGCCAAAGGGAUCAAGAUAGAGUUUCCUUCUUUGCGUGGAAGCACCGUUCCUCCAUGGAGUGCAAGGCUUGGGCGAGGCACAUAUAACUUUUUUUUUACUUUUCAAUUUUUAUUUGAGAAAGAUUUUUUUGUAAAGUAAUAGAACUAUUUUUUACUUUCUCCAUCUCGCAAUAGAUUAUAAUUUUUUCUCUCACCUCUCGAUAUCUUUUAUUUAUUUGUAUGUUUUCAUUGAUUAUUUAAUUAAAAAAAUUUUGUCACAACU